UUGAUUUGAAAACUUAAAAGGCCGGGUAUAAAUCGUCCAUGAUCACAACUCACACCUCAACUGCAAACUAGUAGCCCAAACGAAAAUUUAUACCCACGAUUAGCCUCUUAAACAUCUGCGCGCCAUCUUCUCUUCUUCCAGUAGCUAACCUGCAAAACCCUAACCGUCCGUUCACGUCACUUAUAUACACCACCACCACAUGAAAUAUAACCGUUAAAAUCAGACAGCAUUCAUUCAUGGCUUCCAAAACCCUAACCCUAGACUCCUCAUCUCUCUUCCUCAAUUCACUCAAUUCCACUCCAUCACCCCUCACUCCAUUCCCCACAGACUUCCCCCAAUCAAAACGCAUCCCCAAUUCACGUUUCAUCGUCGAUGGCUUCCGACACGCCGGCGAUCACUCCGUUUCCUACUUCCUCUCCCACUUCCACUCCGAUCACUACACCGGCCUCUCUCCCAAUUGGUCCAAAGGCAUCAUCUACUGCUCUCAAAUCACCGCUCGUCUUCUCGUCGAAGUGCUGAAAGUUCCGGCUGCUUUCGUAGUCUCGUUGCCGAUGUCCGAGAUUGUCGUGGUGGAUGAUUGUGAAGUGAGGCUGGUGGAUGCUAAUCACUGUCCCGGUGCUGUGCAGUUUUUGUUUAAGGUUAGGGUUUCGGAUGGCGGAUUCGAGAGGUAUGUGCAUACUGGCGAUUUUCGGUAUUGUGAUGAUAUGAAAUUAGACGAUGCGCUGUGUGAAUUUGUUGGUGCUGAUGUUGUUUAUUUGGAUACUACAUAUUGUAAUCCGAAGUUUGUGUUUCCGGUGCAAGAUGAGUCUGUUGAUUAUAUUGUUGAGGCUAUUAAUAGGAUUGGUGUGGAGAAUGUGGACAAGUCGAAGUCAGUUUUGUUUCUUGUUGCUACUUAUGUUAUCGGGAAGGAGAGGAUUUUGGUUGAGAUUGCGAGGAGGUGUAAUAGGAAAAUACAUGUUGAUAGGAGGAAAAUGGAUAUUUUGGGGGUUUUGGGGUUUGGCGAGGAUGAGGUGUUUACGGAGGAUGAAUCAGAGAGUGAUGUUCAUGUUGUUGGCUGGAAUGUGUUGGGUGAGACUUGGCCGUAUUUUCGGCCUAAUUUUGUAAUGAUGAAUGAGAUUAUGGCUGCCAAAGGGUAUAGUAAGGUAGUUGGUUUUGUACCGACUGGUUGGACGUAUGAAGUGAAACGUAAUAAAUUUGCUGUUAGGACAAAGGACUCGUUUGAGAUACAUCUUGUACCGUAUAGUGAACAUUCAAAUUAUGAAGAGCUUAGAGAAUAUGUGAAGUUCUUGAAACCCAAGCGUGUUAUUCCCACUGUUGGAGUAGAUGUGGAGAAACUUGACAGCAAGCAUGCUCUUGCAAUGCAGAAGCAUUUUGCUGGCUUGGUUGAUGAAAUGGCCGUCAAGCAAGAUUUCCUAAAGAGUUUCCAUAGGGGGGCAAGGAAUUCAAGUGAUAAGCCGACAAAUGUUAAUACAGCUGGGAUUGAAGAGAAAGAUUUAGCUUCUGAUGAAGUCCAGACUUUCGAGAAUAUUGAUUCUGAACUUCAUGAUCAAGCUCCUGUUCCACAGGAUAUUUUACUAGUAAAUGAUAAUGAUAUAGAGGAAUUGGUACAAGAACUUCAUGAUUGCCUUCCUGCUUGGGUUACACGAGAUCAGAUGUUGGAUCUGCUUCAGAGUUCCAAUAAAGAUGUUGUCGAAGCAGUUUCUUACUUUUACGAACACGAAAUCGAGUUUCAUGAGCAGGCUGCUGCUAGUACAUCAUCUCUCUGUAAAUCUCAGCCAGGUUCUGAAUCCGACUCUUUGUUCCCUUUGACCCCUGAUACCAAGGCACAUGACACUAGAGCUGAGAAGAGUCCUUUGAGCCUGAGAUUCAAUUCACUUGGUACAAAACCUGCAAUUAAGCAUGACAUUUCUCCUGCCAAAAAGAAAAGAAAUAUAAAAAAUAAACCUAGUAAAAGAGCACGGACAGGUUCAAGUAAAGAAGCUACUGUACCAACACAACACACAAUUACAAAGUUCUUCAGUAAGCUCGUGUGUCCAGAUCCCGGAGCUGAUAAACUUGUAAAUGUUUGUGCAAAAUCUGAUGAAGAAAACAUUAUGUCACAAAUGGAUUGCCCCUCACCAUACAAAGAGGAGUUGGAGCAAUUUAUGCAAAUAGUAGAUGGCAGUCCAUCUUUACGAAAUUAUGCUUCUCACAUAUUAGAUAAGUCAAAGGGAGAUAUUAGUAAGGCACUGGACAUUUAUUAUAGUGAUCGUGAUUGUAGCCUUGACGAGAAUAAGGGAAAAUUGACAGAGAGUAGCAAAUCAGGCACAGUCCAGAAUCACACUGGAUGUUGCUCUUCGGUCCAAGCACCGAAGGAGACAGAGAAUCUGCUGAAAAUGGAUGAUGUAUCUGCAGUUAUCCAGCCAUUAAAUAAAGCUGUAUCACUAGUACCUGAAAAAGACAAGGUUCAUAUAUCUCCCCGCGAACAACCAACUGAUGUUGCUUCAUGUCUUGUAUCGUUACCCCCUCAGGAUUAUUCACCAAUAGAACAUGCCUGCUGGAAAGGUGGACAACCAGCUCCAUAUCUACAUCUCGCACGAACUUUUGACUUGGUCGAGGAAGAAAAGGGAAAGAUUAAAGCUACAUUAAUGCUGUGCAAUAUGUUUAGGAGUUUAUUGGCUUUGUCUCCUGAGGAUGUUCUACCUGCUGUUUACUUGUGCACAAACAAGAUUGCUCCUGAUCAUGAAAACAUGGAAUUAAAUAUAGGGGGGAGUAUUAUUGUAUCAGCACUUGAAGAGACCUGUGGAGCAAAUAAAUCUAAAAUUCGGACAAUGUACAAUAACUUGGGUGAUCUUGGUGAUGUUGCUCAACUUUGCCGACAGACACAGUCAUUGCUUGCUACUCCUGCGCCACUCUCAAUCCGAGGUGUAUUUCAAGCGCUCCACAAGAUUAGUAUACAAACAGGUAAUGGAAGUACUAGUCGAAAGAAAGGCCUCAUCAUGAAUCUUAUGAGGUCAUGUAGAGAGAAGGAAAUGAAGUAUCUUGUUAGAACCUUGGUUAGGAAUUUACGUAUUGGGGCAAUGAUGAGAACUGUUUUGCCAGCAUUAGCUCAAGCUGUUGCUAUGAGCUCAUCUCCUGCUGAACGAUCAACUGAAAAUACCAAACAGCAAUACCAGGCACUUUCUGCGGUGGUACUUGAAGCAUAUAAUGUUCUUCCCAAUUUGGAUUUGCUCAUUCCUUCUCUUAUGGACCACGGAAUUAAAUUUUCGUCAACAACCUUGUCAAUGGUUCCAGGCACACCAAUCAAACCUAUGCUUGCAAAAAUCACUAAUGGGAUCCCUCAAGUGUUAAAGCUCUUUUCCUGUAAAGCAUUUUCAUGUGAAUACAAAUAUGAUGGUCAGAGAGCACAAAUUCACAAGUUAGGUGAUGGAUCCGUGCGUGUCUUUUCACGAAAUGGGGAUGAAACAACAUCGAGAUUUCCAGAUUUAGUAAACAUAAUUAAGGAGUCUUGUAGCUCUGAGGCUUCAAGUUUUGUUUUGGAUGCAGAGGUUGUUGCUGUAGAUAGGAAAAAUGGAUGCAAACUUAUGUCUUUCCAAGAACUUUCUUCCCGGGAGAGAGGUGGAAAAGAUUCCUUAAUUGCUGUUGAUAACAUAAAGGUUGACAUUUGUGUCUUUGCUUUUGAUAUUAUGUUUGCCAACGGAGAGCAGCUUUUGAGCAUUCCACUUCGUCAACGACAAACAUAUUUGAAGAAACUUUUUGGAAAUGAGAGAGCUGGUUAUUUUGAAUAUGCACGAGGACUAAUUGUGGAAGCUGAUGAUGCUGUCAUGACCAAUGAUGAGACACUGACUAAGAUGAACUCUUUUCUUGAUGAUGCUCUGCGUUCUUCUUGUGAAGGCAUUAUGGUCAAAUCUCUUGAUGUUGAAGCUGGAUAUACUCCAUCUAAGCGUUCUGAUACUUGGUUAAAGGUUAAGCGAGAUUACGUAGAAGGUUUGAAUGAUACCCUUGAUUUAGUUCCAAUUGGUGCUUGGCAUGGGAAUGGAAGAAAGGCAGGAUGGUACAGUCCCUUCCUUGUGGCAUGCUACAAUCCUGAUCUCGAGGAAUUUCAGUCUGUUUGUCGUGUAAUGUCUGGGUUUUCCGAUCCAUUCUACAUAGAGAUGAAAGAAUUUUACUCAGAAGACAAGAUACUAGACAAGAAACCACCAUAUUAUCAAACCGGAGAGAAGCCUGAUAUGUGGUUCAACCCGGAGCUUGUAUGGGAAAUAAGGGGUGCUGAGUUCAGCAUAUCACCAGUUCAUCAUGCUGCUAUCGGCCUGGUCCAUCCAUCACGCGGCCUUUCCAUCCGCUUUCCCAGAUUUGUUCGCUCCAGGCCAGAUAGAAAGCCAGAAGAGUGUAGCACAGCCAUGGAUAUAGCUGAAAUGUUCAAUUCUCAAACCAGAAAGAUGGAUGUUAAUGUUGCAGAAUAAUUUGUGUAUAUAUAUACUUUUACCUCUUUCUCACUCUUUUCCACACAAAAAAAAGGAAUAGAAAAAAUUGGAUACUGUCGAGAUCCCCCUUCACAACAGAAAAAUAAACCUG